GUUGAUAAGGUUGGGUUGGCCGUUCCAUCAUAUACUGAGGAUGUCUGUAGUAGUACCCCGAGGUUAGUGCAAUCAUUUUCUGAAGGCUCAAUCUCACUCUCUUCACUUUCUCCAUCAUUAAUCAACAAUAAAAUAUUGAGGAUUCAAUCAAUACUAAGAGGAAUUGUGGAAGUCGAUGAUAUUGUUGGCGAAGGGAAGGGGAGAACAAGAAAGAAGCAAACUUUGCGGUUGAUUGAGAAGUAGCGAAGGCAAUUUUCGAUUUAGUGAGUUUGAUUUGGUGAGCGAGUCCUUACUCAAAACUCAAAGGGUUGGAAGGCGGGACGACGUCAUCAAUGGACAUGAAACCGAAGUGUAGAAUAUGUGUGUGGAUGGAGGCUAUGCAGAUGAUGAAAGUGGCAUCCUUCGUUGAGAGGGAAUGGUAGAGCCACUUGAGAGCGAGGGAGAGGGAUUAAGACUAUGGAUGAAGGCUACAUAGGUGAGGACUGCGACGGUUGCUGACAUCGAUGAUGAAGCUUGUAGAUGACAGUGAUGGUGGUAGUGGUGUUUGUGUGAGAGUGAUGAGGUGGAAAAUUAAAAUAAUCAAUUUUUUUAAUUUUUUUAAUUGUCAUGUAUUCAUAAUAAUGAUCAAAGAUUAUAGUUUGAGUGACCAAUUUAGUCGUUAAAUCAUUAUGGUACAAAGACUUGGUAAUUAAUAGAUCCACAAGUAUUAGUUUAGAAACUUAAUUCACCCAUAAAAAUAAGUCUAGGGAUUGAGAUGACCAAAACAAAGUAGUUUUAAGACCUAUUGCUAUUAAUCAAAAUUCAAAACUCUAAGGACCUCCAAAUCCAGCUUCAAAAUUCUGUUGAUUGAGCAUUCACGUUGCCCUUCGAUGAAUAAAUUAAUAUUUCUUCUUUUUGUGCUCAGUCAAGAAACAAAGAUACCCAAUAAUGCCCUUUCUCAUUAUCACAUUUUUGCUUUUACCUUUUCCUGUCUCACCUCGUUUCUCCUGCUUUCUCUCCCCUUUUUUCCCUUCUUUGAUCCAUCUAUCAUCUUCUAAAUCCCAACCCCAUUUUUUUGAUUUCUCAUUUCUACGUUGUUGUUUGGAAAUUUUGUUUUACGAAAAUCGUCUCAUAUCAAUUUCUCAUUACCACUGUAAUUGUUGUUCAGAUAUUUGAUCGGCCUGUAGUAAUUUGGCUCGUCGUGUAUAGAGCCCUCAGGCCUAGAGGAUGACACAAGAAUCGUCAUCUGAGCAAGAACUUGAAGAUUCCGAUGUUGAUUUCGUCGAAGUCGAUCCCACUGGUCGUUAUGGUCGGUACAAAGAGAUUCUAGGAAAAGGUGCUUGCAAAAAAGUAUACAGAGCGUUUGAUGAAUUGGAAGGUAUAGAGGUAGCUUGGAAUCAGGUGAAGGUGGCAGAUUUGUUGCGCAACUCCGUGGAUUUGGAGCGUUUGUAUUCUGAAGUUCACUUGCUCAAGACAUUAAAGCAUAAGAACAUCAUCAAGUUCUACAAUUCAUGGGUUGAUACCAAAAAUGAGAACAUCAACUUCAUCACAGAGAUCUUCACUUCUGGGACUUUGCGGCAGUACCGCAAGAAACAUAAGCACGUUGACAUAAGAGCCUUGAAGAAAUGGUCCAGACAAAUUUUAGAAGGACUUCUGUAUCUGCACAGUCACGACCCACCAGUUAUCCACAGAGAUUUGAAGUGUGACAACAUUUUUGUUAAUGGAAACCAAGGUGAAGUGAAGAUUGGGGACUUGGGUUUGGCUGCUAUUCUUCAGCAGGCUCGAGCAGCUCAUAGCGUCAUUGGUACACCUGAGUUCAUGGCACCUGAGUUGUACGAGGAGGAAUACAAUGAGCUUGUCGACAUCUAUGCGUUUGGCAUGUGCUUGUUGGAGCUGGUCACAUUUGAGUAUCCAUAUGUAGAAUGUUCGAAUGCUGCUCAAAUAUAUAAGAAAGUGACAUCGGGUAUAAAACCAGCAUCAUUAGCAAAGGUACAAGAUCAGAGUGUGAAAGCAUUUAUUCAAAAGUGCAUAGCAAGUGUCUCCGAUCGAUUAUCUGCUAGAGAACUCUUAAUUGAUCCGUUUCUCCGAUCAGAUGAAGAAACUGAAUCUAUAGCUCAUGGUAUACAAUCAAAUGCUACCCAUUUAUCCGAAUCUGGGAGUGGAAGCAUUGAUCAAACCAAUUUUUUAAGAAUUGGAGGAGAUUGUUCAAGUGAUCACACUAGAGACUUCAUUGUACAAGGCCAGAGGAAAGAUGUAAAUACAAUAUUCCUGAAGUUACGAAUUGCAGACUCUACAGGUCAUUUUCGCAAUAUCCAUUUCCCUUUUGAUAUUGAAGUGGAUACGGCUCUUGCCGUUGCAAGUGAAAUGGUUGAGGAGCUGGACUUAACCGAUCAGGAUGUAUCGAUGAUCGCUGAAAUGAUCGAUACCGAAAUUCGAUCUCACAUUCCGAACUGGGCAUCGUCUGAGCCAAAUGAUCAUGAGGGUGGAAACACUAUAGAUGCAGAGAUAUUUGAUAAUGAGACCAAAGAUGAUGAUGAAAAUAAGGAUGAAGGCUCUCCCUUUUCUAACGAAUCAACUUGCUCAUCAAGUGCCCUUGCGCUGGAAAUAUUGCCUUCGGGGAGGAAAUAUUGGUCGGAUUCUCCUAAGGGAUUCGGACUAAGCUCUCCAAAAAGGUCUGCUGGACCAUCUCGUUUAGCAGAUCAUGAAGAUUCUCACUCGAUUCAUGAACAUGACCAUCAUGAACGUAAAGAUUCAGAUUCUACUGGGAUUGCAACUGCAGUUGAAUUAGAUGUUAAGGUAGUGGGUGAAAAUUUGAAGCAUUUGUUGCAAAAACAGCAUGAGGAAUUGGAUGAACUAAAGAGAAAACACGAAGUAGCCAUCUUAGACUUCUUAAGUGAACUCUCUCCUGGAAUUCGUAGGGAUGUAUUGAGCACUUGUACCUUAGAACUACCUAAAUCAAGGAUUCCUAGGAGCAAUAACAUGUGAUGAGGAAUUUAAUUGUAGAAGUUGGUCUGUCUACGAGUGAAAUGGAAAUAUACUUUACCCUUUUUUCGCCUUGGAGGUGAAUCUCAACUCGAAUUGAUUUUAUAUGAAUUUUCUCACUUGUAUAGAGGCCCUGGCCUUUGGAUGAUGCAACAUGUAUCAUCAUUUAAGUAACAGUCCGGCAAUUCAAAUACCGAUAAAUUCAUUCGUAUCGAACUUAUGUGGAAAUAUGAAAAGAUAAUAUAAUUUUUAAUCUUCGCUAAUAUUUCAUAAACAUUGUACAAUACGUAUAAGAUAAGUCAUUUAAUUGGAUUCUAAAUACAUUAAAUAAAAAAAUUAUAUAACACUAUUAUUAUCAUAUGAAUAAGUCAUAGAGUCACACAUAUGUUUGUGUUUGUUGUGUUAGAAUCAAUAGUCAAAUAAUAUUAUUUUGGCAUAUGCCAAUGCUAAAUUUUGCUAGCUUGUAAUUCAAAGUUUUGCCUCGAAAAUAUCAAUAAAUUUGUUCAAUUUUGAAUAAGUUCGAUAUAAUCUGUUGGUGUUUCAUAAGCAAAGUUGUAAAUGUUUAGUAAAUUUGUGAUAGAAACACUCAUCCUUAGAAUAUUUUAUUUCAACACUCUCAUGCAUCUUCCUCUUCUUUCAUUUAACUCAAGGAAAACUCCCUAAACCUUGCAGAAACCCCACAUGUUGUUAAAGUGUCUUUUAUUAGAGCUUCCUAGUACUUCUAAUUGAGUCAAUCACAAGGUUUCUCAAACCAAUUUAUGUCGUUGGGUCGGUUUAGCAAGUGAAAUGGUACAACUGGUGGUACAAUUGGUUUGUGCCGGUUCAUUUCGAUAUAAGAGUUCAGGAAUUCCUCUCUUUGUCUCAUUUGUAUAUGCUUCUAACGAGGAAGCAGGAAGGAAGCAAUUCUAUAAAGAUCUUAUCAGGGUUAAGGUGCAUUAGUGACUAUACUAGCAGAUUUUAAAGAAGUUGCUGAAAACUUUGAAUAAAUAGGAAUUUUCAGAUAUAAGGGAGAGAGUCAAGUUGGAAGAACUAGAGCUUCAGUAUGCACAUGCAACAACUCUCACUAACCCUUCUCAUGAUACUUUUGAUACUCAGAAAGAGAAAAGUAUAGAACUAAAGCAAUUGAAAUUAGCAGAAGAAUCGUUCUUGAGGCAGAAGUCAAGAGAGAUAUGGCUCAAACAAGGAGAUUCAAACUCUUCCUAUUUUCAUAUAUCAUUUCUAGUUCAUCAGAAGAAAAACACAAUCAGAUCACUACUAAAUGAUGAAGGGAAAAGAGUUAUUGACACUAACACUAUGAGUAAUAUUAUAGUCUCCUUUUAUGAUUUGUUAGGGCGAAAAGGUCCUUGGUUCAGGGGAAGUCAGUUGACUAGUUCAUGGGUUUGCUGAAGAAGAAGCUCUAGAGUUUACAAGUCCUCAAUCUUUGUUGACCAGUUACCUUAGAGGAAAUCAAGACAACUAUAUUUGGCUUUAAGGGAAAAAAUCCCUGUGAGUACACUGCCUAUUUUUUACAUGAAAUACCCUAGUAUAAAAAACCUUCAAAUAACGGUUUUGCUCCAGAGCAUACUUAAAAUUUGUGAAAGAAAAGAAAUAACUUGCUUAAAUCAACUGAAAUAGCACUGCUAUCAAAUCAUAAAUACUGAAAAUAAAUCGUCAUAAUAUAUAACUAAGCGCUAACACUUGGACAAAUCUUAAACCAUAAAAUCUUAACCUCCAACCUUACUCAUAUAUAUACAUAAAGCAUAAAAGCACUUAAAGCACUUAAAGAGGUUAGGGUCAGUCUACGCCGUUACUAAAAGCCUUAAAGCACU